AUGAGCAGUUCGCCACAGGCUAUUGAUCAAGUGGAGUUUUUGUCUCAGCCUUCUGGCAAAGCUGAGGGAAAACACCAUAUUGUAAUCGUGGGUGCAGGUAUUAUCGGUGUGUGCACUGCGUAUUACCUGACUCGUCAUCCAUCGUUUGACGCUUCCAAGCACCACAUCACGGUUUUGGAGUCCAAAAGAGUUGCAGGCGGUGCUUCUGGUAAAGCAGGCGGACUUCUGGCGACUUGGGCUUUUCCACAGCAAAUCGUGCCCCUCAGCUUUCAGUUACACCAAGAACUCAGUGACGAAUAUGACGGCGAAAACCAAUGGGACUAUCGUCGUCUGACCACCGUUUCGAUUGAGGCAGACGUCCAAAAUGUAAGUGACUCCAUCGAUAAGGCUAGUCUAGCAUCCAGCAAGAGCAGUAACAGCAGGUCUCACACUCUGGCAACCCGCAAAAAGAAUCGGGAACCCCGCAACACGGCUACUCCGGACAAGAAAAAGCGCUGUGCCCAAACGAGUAGGAGCGACAGGACUGACGACAGCGGCAGCGAGAGUGACAAUGACAGCGAUGACGAGAGCGAUGGUCAAGGUGACCUAGAGGCGUUGGAGCUUGGACCAAGCAACCCGGUAGACUUGGACUCUGAUUCCGAUGAAAUACAAGAAUCGUGUGGGAUGAAUAACUCCAGCAGCACCAAACCGUCUGACCUGCCCCAAGACCUCAAUUGGAUUAGAACACAACUCGUGCGCGACUGGUCUUCUUUAGGGGGCACCGAUUCUACUGCACAAGUGCAUCCAUACAAAUUCACGUACUUUCUUCUACAUGAGGCCAUGAAAACAGGCGCAGUAGAUUUGAUUUUGGGUAAAGUGAAGGAAAUAAGGUACAACGAUAUGGGGUGUGCUUCUGGUGUAUCGUAUACCCCCACUUCUGAAGGAAUCGAAGAUAAAGCAGACGCCGUAGAAAUUUUGGACGCUCAGCAAGUCGUGCUGGCAAUGGGACCCUGGACGUCGAAGCUCCUGCCGGACUGCCCGAUUUCAGGUCUUCGAGCACAUUCCAUCACUAUAAAGCCAUCUACGGGCACCGUCUCACCGUAUGCUAUUUUCACGGAACUUAAAAUUGGUCGAAAUAACUAUUUUUCUCCAGAGAUGUAUGCUCGGAAAGAUGAAGUUUACGUUUGUGGAGAAGGAGAUACAUUGGUCGAGCUACCAGAGACCAGUGAUGCUGUGGAGGUUGUACGUGAGAAGUGCGAUGAACUUUAUCACUACGUAUCCAAGCUUUCUCCUAAUCUUUCCAAGGGCCAUAUCUUAAAAAGGCAAGCCUGCUACUUGCCUGUGCUUAACGUACCUACCAGCUCCGGGCCACUGGUUGGAGAAACCAAUCUUGAAGGUCUUUACCUAGCUUCUGGUCAUUCUUGCUGGGGUAUAAAUAAUGCACCAGGCACUGGUAAGAUCAUGAGUGAGCUACUGCUGGAUGGUGUGGCGACUAGCGCGGACAUUUCUGCUUUGGAUCCGGGACUAUAUUUUGACGCAAGUGUAUUGGAAUGA